AUGUGUGAAAGUUGUGGCCAGCAGGUCAACGCAAAAGAUGAAGACAACCAUAAAAAGAGUUUCUGUCAGCUUCUUCGAGCCAAUAUUCAGGUAAUAGAAGGUAUCAAAACCCGUCAAGAUGAAAUGUUCAAUGAAAUUAAAACCAUCUCAGCAAGGCAAAAAGAAAUCAUGGAAAAACAAAACAAACUGGAGGAAACUCAAGAACGUCAUGCAACCUACAACCAAAACAUUUUCAUAAUUGGCGGUGGUUAUGGUUGUGAAAGAGAAACCACUGCUGUAAAGACUGUUGAACUGUAUAAUAUUGCUGAGAGAAGCUCUAAAAUUGUGAAAGAAUUCGAGCAACCUCUAGUAUCAUCUGCAUUGUGUGUUCACGACAAUCGCAUCCUUGUUUCUGGUGGUGUCGGUGAUGAAGAUAAUAGUGACGAGAUCAGGGUUUUGAACAUUAACCAACAUCUGCAAUUCGCAAUUCUUGGAAAACUGCCUUUUAAAUUAUUUGGCCAUGACGUCGUUGUACAUGAGGGAUAUUUAUAUCUAAUAGGGGGGUGUAUUUGGCAUGAAAGAAAAACCUUGAAUGAAAUCUAUCAGAUCUCUCUUACCCCACCUUAUACUGCCAAGCUGUUGACGAAAAUGCCUGAGCCAAGAAGACAUCACAAAGCGGCAAUUGUUAAUGGAAAACUGUUUAUCUUGGGCGGAGCACCCACCGGCAAAAGUGAAGAUGCCAUUGGCAGCGUUUUUGUUUAUGAUUUGAUUAGGAAGGAGUUCAAGGAACGUCCAUCGUUACCUCGACCUGUCAGUCGUAUGUCCAUAGUCACCUGGGGAGAUAAGAUCGUCGCUUUCGGCGGCAUGGAUAAGGAAGGUCGAGCAAUCAAUGACGUCAUAAUGUAUGACACAGAGACGGGACAAAGUGAGACACUGCCGGCCAUGAUUCACAAGAGGUUCGGCAGCUCUGCUGUAAUUACAAAUGACAUCAUUAUCGUGCUUGGUGGAUGGAAUAAAGAGCAGGGAUAUCUCAACUCAGUGGAAUCUUUCAACAUUGGUGGAGAUCGCUGGAAAGAACUACCAGGAAUGAUAGAAGGAAGAUGCUGGGCAACUGCUGUAGUGAAACCUCACAUCAAGUUUCCUAAAUGA